CCAGGGACUAAACCACCAUCCAAAGAGUACACAUGGAUAGACCCAUGGCUCCAGCGGCAUAUAUAACAGAAGAUGGCCUUGUUGGGCACCAAUGGGAGGAGAAGCAUUUGGUCCUGCCAAGGCUCGACCCCCGAGUAUAAAGGCGGUCAAACCAAACAAGCCACUGCUUGGGUCACUGAAGGUCUUGGGAUCCGAACAUCGCUGCAGAGAUUUCAAGGGAGGCUCACCCAACAACUUGAAAGAUGUCAAAUGAAUAUAAGAGAAUCGUUCUGUUGAAAGGACUUGAACCUCUCAGUAGUCAUCAUUUUAGCUUAUUUAAGUCAUUGCUGGCCAGUGAUUUAAAACUGGAGAGACACAUGCAGGAGCAAUACACCAAGGUCCAGAUUGCUGACAUGAUGGAAGAUGAAUUCCCAGAUGAUGCUGGAUUGGGCAAAUUCAUCAAAUUUUGUGAAGACUUACCAGCUCUUAGAAAACGUGCUGAAAUUCUUAAAAGAGAGAGAAUACAAGUAAGAGGAGAAACCCCACGGGAAAUAAAUAGGCGAGAACCAGGUCCGUCAAGACCUUCAUCAACUGCAAGCCAUAUGAUAGUGUCUGAAGGAUGGGAGACUUCCACAGCUCAGGCAGAGACCUCCACAGCUCAGGGAGAGCCUUCUACAGCUCAGAAAAGAAAAAGUAUGAGCGAAGGAAAGACUGAAGUGAAAAAGACCAAGGCAUCAGAGAGACCAGAUCAGCCUCCCUGUCCUGAAGAAGCCACAGCCAAGUGUCUGUCACCAAUACCCCAGACUUCGUCUUUGGCUCCAUGUAACUCUCCUUUGGCUAAGUGUUCAAUGGAGAACCAAAAUAUACAGACCCAAAACCAGAACAUUCCCAGAGGCGCUGUUCUCCAAACAGAACCCCUGACAGUGAUGGUGCUCAAAGCAACAGACCCAUUUGAAUAUGAAUCAGCAGAACAUGGAGUGAAGAACAUGUUUCUUGCUACAGUGGUUACUGUAGACCGGUAUUUCCAUGUGAAAGUUUUCAACAGCAACUUGAAAGAGAAGUUCAAAAAAAAUAAUUUUAUCAUCAUUUCCAAUUACUUCAAGAGGACAGACAUCCUAGAGAUCAAUGAAGCUUCCCUUGUGUCAGAGGCUGCUCCUGACAAAAAGAUUGCAGUGCCCAACAAACGUAUCAAAGAGGCAAAAAAAUCUCCUAAAAUCCGUGAUAUUAAAGAGGGUACUUCAAGGGAUCUGUUUUAUGGAGUGUUUACAUUAAUCAAGAAAAAAGUGUGCCCAAAGAACACAAUCUAUGAACUAAAAGAUGAUACAGGAAAUAUAGAAGUGGUGGGGAGUGGAAAAUGGUACAACAUCAACUGUAACGAAGGAGAUAACUUCCAACUCUUCUGCUUUCACCUGAAAACAAUUGACAGGCAACAAAAAUUAGUGUGUGGAAAGCACAGUUUUAUCAAGGUCACCAGAGCUCGGGAAAAAAAGGAAGCAGCCACUGCCCAUCCAAGCACAAAAAAGGAAGAAGGAACUCACUACCCUAAAGACAAAUUCAAUGCUUUUAAAGAAGAGAAAUAAAACGAUCAUGUCUAAAUAAUAGCUUUAGUAGUACAUUCAAGCAUUUAAUGGUUUUCAUAACUGACUUCUGAUUUUGUAUUUCCAUUUGCAACGUUUUUUAUUCUUCUGUUUUUCUAUGAAAAUAGCACUUGAUUUAAUUUUUCUAUUGUAAAAGUAAUAAACAUCUUUUUAAAGGGACAUCAAUA